ACAGCACGAUGCCCGUCAACGGUCAGGCCAACUCCUGCCGGCGCUGUAGCAAGCCUGUUUUCUUUGCGGAACGAAAGACAUCGCUCGGGGAGGAUUGGCACCCUAGUUGUCUGAGCUGUGAGAACUGUAACAAGGUUCUAGCCCCGGGGCAACAUGCAGAGCACAAGGGAUUACCAUUUUGCAACCCAUGCUACCAGACUUUCUUUGGACCACAGAUGGUGGGGUAUGGUUCUAACGUGUUCACAGCAGCAAAUUUUAACAAGAGAAUUUCACAGAAUGGCAACAGCAACAACAACAACAACAACAAUGAUGUGCAGGAUAAAGGGAUUUUACGUGAAACAGAUAGAGACAAAAAAUCGGACCUGCAGGCCAAGUUAGAGGCUUAUAACAGUCAACUGACCAAUGGGAGGUCGCACUGUAGACUGUCUGAGGAAAAGAAUGACAAGGUGAUACAAUCAUCUGUGGGCCCUGAGGAUCUACUGGGGUUUGGAGAACCCAUACAGUUGAAGCAAUGCGAUGAAGUGAACCCCAUCCCGUCCCCGGCACCUUCACGGACAUGGAGGCACAGUUACUACCAUGCUAUCCGCAAUGGGGCCCUCACCCCUACAAAAGAAGACAUCUCUCUAAAGACACCCCCCAAAGUGACAAUUAGCCGUGGCCUGGAUGACAGUGCUUUACUCUCCCCCUCCACCUCAGAUGACACAACCGUGGUGCUGAGACGGAACAGAGGCAUUCGGAAAUUCAACACGGUGGCUUACAGGGGUGACCAAGGCAACCGUUGGAAGAGGGCUUCCAUUAAUGGUCAUAUUUACAACAAUGAUACACGGGUAUUUGUUCCUGUAAUAGGAAGCUGCACCAGUGUGACUGUCACCAGCGCCAUGCCAACAUCCGAGGUCAUAAGAACUCUGCUAGAAAAAUUUAAGGUUGAAAACCAGCCAGGAGAAUAUUCACUGUACAUUGUCCCAGAUGAAGGAGAACCAACACUUUUGCGAGAAUCAGAAUUUCCCUUGAUAGAGAAACUGUUGCUAGGAUGUGAUGAAAAAGCUGGAAAGGUGUUUAUCAAAGAGAAGACGGUUCCCGAGGUGCCAACCGAAGCCUGGAAUACACUGCCAUUACCUGAGGUGGUGGAACCACGUGUGCCUGAGAACGUCUCAUUUACAGAAGUGACAGAAAUACAAGCAGAGCCACAGGAGCAGUUGCCUGAAGAGGUUGAGCAGUUAGUUAAUUUACCAGAGGCAGUCCUUCGAGGAUUGUUACAGAAGUUUAGAAAUGAUGAAGAGCUGGAGGUUUCAAGAAUACAAAAAAAAUACGAGAGGGCCAGAGAUAUAAUGAAGAAGAGAUUGCGGGAAAGUCAGGCAUAACCCAUUCUUCUCUUAUAGCUAGAGGACUAAACGUUUAUUUCUGUUAAUUAUUUCCAAAGUUUAAUAAACCCUUUGUAGACAUGAGAUGUUUACAGGAAGAUGUUGUGACUUCCUUAUGCAAAAUGGACCAUGUGUGGUAAAAAUGAUGACUCGGCAGUAAUUCACUAGAGGGAUUAACAUAUUUGAAUUCCACAGUUCACAGUUGAUUAGCAUUUUGGCCACGCAGAAACAUUAAUUGUUUCCAACAGUAUUUUCAGAGUGUACUUCUCACAUUAUAAGCUAAUACGUUAUUUCAAGAGGAUUCAUGCAAUCUUAGGAGGAAGCCAAACAAGCCUUCUCGGCACCACUAUUUACAUCUUUUACACAUACUUGUGAGCAAAUUUUGGCAAGUAACCCCAAAAGGUUGUAUGAUGUUAUCCAGAGCUUCAUGUAUAAAUGGAUUCAGGACACUGGAUUGUAGUGAGUCUCAUUGUUAACAGUCGUCUGACUUUGAGUGACAUCGUCCUCUUUCUGAACCACAUGUUUACAACUAACGCUCCACAUUUGUUGUGGGACAAUAGUGUGAAAGUACUCUGUUCAUCAUGGAUGUCGGGCUCUGCUGUACAUAGAUCUGAACAAAGAAGAUAAAUGAAAACAAUGUUCAGCCUCAAACAACGGAUGUGCAACGGAGUACUUUCUUACGGCGCCGUCUACUAAACCAUCUGUUGUGACAUUUUGUGGCGUGCAAGUACCAUUUUGUGACAAUGUUUUGACGUACAUGCUGUUGCUUUAAGCAUUAAACAGUAAAAACACUGUAUUCAGUGGCAUUGGAUGGAAUGUCAGAGGAGUGUCAAAGAAUUCCUAUUUGUGAGUCACCAGGUCAGCUUUUCCAAUUCUGGGACCUCUUGUGGUCCUUUUGGGGAAAGGUGUCCCUCACAGGAUGGCCUUCAGCAUUCACAGAGGUCAAGUACAGCUGCAGGAGACAGGGAAGCAUCUUAACUGUUAGCACUUGAACUGUUGUUUGAUGCUUGCACUGGUUCUGUGUUCUACUGUGGUACGAGGGAAUCCGAUCUGCAGGUGCCCCUGUGUGUGAUCAGGGUGGGUGAUUAAGGAAUGAAUGGAUAACGCAGGGUACUGUGAGCUGUGAGAAGCUAGACAGCUGAUAUGUUGUUAAGUGUAGAAAGAUUUUUGAAUUUGUCGUGGUAAAGCAUACCACUGUUUACCAUGAAUAUGGUAUAGUUGUAUGUGGACUAUAGUCUAAAAGUUGGACUACUUUCACCUGCUUUGUCUUUCACAUGGGUUUGGUGAUGUUGCCUAUGAUGGUUUGGUCGUGAUUGGUAGGUUUGUAUCAAAGCUGAUUCUCAUUGGGCAUAAAUGCAUGAUGCUGGUUUGUAAUGUCUGGUUGUGAAAAUUAUCCGCAAUGUGAUUGGUCAAAAUGUGUAUGGUUAUGAUGUAAAUGUGUGAUUUCACUGGUAUAUAAAAUAUGCUGUAUAUAAAUACACAUGCAUCUUAGUAGCAAUUUGAAAAUAUCCUGCAUAUUUCACAAACUAGCUUGGGGAGGGUUAAAAUGAUAUCUGAUAGUGCUGAAAUGUUUAAAGUUAAGUAAAGCCUAGAUUUGGGCCUAUACCCAUAUGAUGAGUUCAUACAAGUAUUUUUAUGAUAUUAAAAACAAAUCCCAAUUAUACUACAGGCUAUGAUAUUUUAAUUUACAAAUCAUUACCAAUUUUCAUAUCAGUAUGCUUUGUGUCCUCUUUUAUGGUGAUCAGUUUUCCUGGCAUACUGUUACCAUGGAAGCCAUGGGGUAAUGAAAUUAACUUGGAAAUCUUUGACACAUGUAUUCUCUUUAGUAUGCUUUAAAGAAAUGUGAACUAUUUUGCGGAAAAAGUUUUUCUUUUAUAAUUUUGUACAAGUCGGUGGUUAAUGAUAUUUUUGACUGACAAAACGAAAAAGAACUUAAAACAUCCUUUCCAUUCUUGAAACUGGAUUUGUUCUUGAGCACUUUAUCAUAGUCCCAACAAAUAUUUCUAACAGCUUUAAGUGUUGCUCUCAUGUUACACAAUGUCGUAGAUGUUGUUAUUUUAGUGUAUUACCAUUAGUUUCACAGUAUUGAACAAUUUGUCUCUCAGGUUCCAGUGAUGUUUGCAUUUUUUUUUUUUAAAUGAAACUUUUUAAACAAAUUUUAAUUUUGUACACCAAAUGUAUGUAGCUUUAAUACUAUCAAAUAUCUUCAUACAGCAUAAUGAUUUGUUUCUUAACUCAUAUGUAACAGCUCUGUUGUUUAUUCAGUUCUACAUCUCUCUUUGCCAGAAAGCCUUCUGCUGACAUAAAACAGGAAUAAAUUCUAAUUGUUGUGAGACGUCUCUUGACUGUUUGGAUUGUUCAUGUAAUGUCAUGUAGUUAAGUCUCUGGAUUAUCUCCCUUGUUGUGGCGGUGUUAAGCCACUAUCUCCCUGGUAUACUGUGGUUAUAUAAACAUACACCACCAUGCAAUUCCUCAAUAAUAAACUCUUAAUAAUUAACACAAAGCUUUGAAUAAUUUGAUUUGUUUUUAAAAGUCUGAAUUUUUGUUUAAUGGUGGCAAACUACACUGUUUUUGUAUUGCAGAAUUUAUUUUUGGUUUGGUUCUGUUAAAUUUGUGAAUGGUCGGCUUUUCCCAUUUAUAUGGACCUACAAUAGUACUGUGUAUUUUCUUGCAACACAGAAAUCUGCAUAAUGGCCCCCAUUGCAGCUCUAUAUGCACCUUGAUUGUUUAUUUUUUCUUUAUAUAUCUACAAGGAUCCCCUGUUUAUACUUUUCAGGUAAGCUAAUGCCUCAGAUUUGGAAGGUGUAAUUUUAGUGAAUUCAUUGGUAACUGGCUGUUAGAAAAAAGGGUUGUGAAAAACAGGUGCUUCUCUGGGCUUCUCUGCAUAAUACAUAGUCCAGUCAGUUGUUAUGAAGUUCCUGUAUAUGUACAUUAUAUAAAGACGAUGAGAAUAAAACCAUAUUGCAGAUUACAAAUAAAUGUGUACAUUGAGAUGUA